UGCCGGCUCCGAAAUCCGAACGAGCCGAGCGGCGCGUCAAACUUGCCUCCACCGUCAGUCUCGCAAUGGCGUUAGUAAGCGUCGGUCGUGUGUUCGUUUAAUUUCACAACAACCCGAGCGGACACCGGCCCAAAAUAUUGGCCUGUCUAUUCGUGCUCGAAUUACUCGGAAACGCUUCCUGUAAUUCCGGUCAUAACAAAGCGAACUAACCGCCACCACGGACAGUCAAAUUUUGGUACGAUAUCCACUCCGGGCAAAUCAUUUCAAGAUCAUGUCCAUCAUAUCAUCGUAGUUCCUCAUCGUUAAGUGUUUGUGUUUUGUGGAUAUAAUAAGUGUAUAAGUGACAGUGUUAGUGUAGUGAUGGAUCCGGGAUCGCCGUCGCUAUUGUGGCCGCUGCGCGUGAGCAAGCCGGUGGAGCCGAGCAAGGAGGAGCGGGCGGCGUCGCCGACUCUGUCGGAGCGGCUGGCCGCCUCGCCCGCCGCCAGCCCGGCGCCCCCUAGCCCUCAACCACCUCAACACCAGUUCCAAGCCGCUCUAGUAGCGGAGAAAUACCUCCUGUUGGAACAGGUCGAGGGUUCCUCUCUUUGUCGGUGUGUGGACGUGCGCACUCAAGAGGAAUAUGUAUGCAAGGUGGUGUCUCGAGACUGCAGCAGUUUGUUGCAAGCGCACUACCGUCUCGACGGGCACCCGCACGUCAACCCAAUCCACGAAGUUCUAGUCGGCGACAAGAGAGUUUACCUAAUAUUCCCUCGGUCGCACUCUGAUCUCCAUUCUUACGUGAGGGCGAGGAAACGGCUCCGCGAACAUGAGGCCCGGCGGCUGUUCAGACAAAUGGCCGAAACUGUGGCCGCCUGCCACGAACAAGGAAUAGUGCUCCGAGACCUCAAGCUCAGGAAAUUCGUCUUUGCGGAUCCCCAAAGGACGACGUUAAAACUAGAGUCAUUAGAAGACGCGGUGGUCCUGGACGACCCUGAAGAAGACUUGCUGCAGGACAAGCGAGGCUGCCCCGCGUACGUGUCGCCCGAGAUCCUGAGGGCGCAUCGGACGUACUCCGGCCGCGCCGCCGACAUGUGGUCGCUGGGGGUCAUCCUUUACACCAUGCUCGUUGGAAGGUAUCCAUUCAACGACUCAGAGCACGCGUCCCUGUUCGCGAAGAUUUCGCGCGGGUACUUCGUAGUCCCCGAGUGCUUGUCGUCGCGCGGGAAGUGCUUGAUCCGAUCGCUGCUGCGGCGGGAAGCCUGUGAACGGCUGAGCGCAGCCGAUGUUCUUCGCCACCCCUGGCUGGCGCGGGACCCGCGGAACGAGCUGCCCCCGCGAGCGGCCGCCUCCCACGACCGCCUCGUACCCGACCUGCACCUCGAACCGGAAGAUUACUUCUAACCCUCCCCAAGCAGCUCGCCCGAUGCUGGCAUCGGGCAUUAGAUACCGAGUUCCGCGCGUAGUGAAAAUGUCAAAGUUAUUUAUGAAUUUAAAUAAGUUAUUCCGGCCUAAAUUGUCGCGCUAGCUUGCGGUUGCCUCACUGAAAUAGUCCGCUUGUUUUUCAGUAAGUAAGCCCGAGGCAAAUAGGUCUCCGUGGAGAUUUUAGUUAGUUAAGCAGACGCGCGGGCGGCUGGCCCGUCCGCGCACUAAUUUAUACUUGGCCGAAGCUCGCGAAUGCUGUAGAAGCCGCAUAAUCGGAUAGUUAGUACGGUGAUGCGGGUUUUAUUAGCAGUCGGGGUUGGGACCUGUAGUCGUAGCGUUCGUAAUGACAGAAUAAGUGAGACUGAUAUCGCGUUCUUGUGAUGUAUGGAGUCGAUGGCGAUCCCGCAGCGGCCGGUUCGAGGGCCCGAGCGUCCCCAGCUGCCGCCGCUUAAUUUAUAAAAAACAUUCUGUUAAAUGUUAACUAUUACGUUAAUUUCUCUAAGCGUGAUGCAUUCAAAACGAUUUCACUUCAAUAUAGAUUCUAUAUUGCAUUGAAGUUGUUACGCUAAUGUUAGGUAAAUUAUGUAUAUUUUGUAUUUAUAUAAAGUUUCGUGUAUUGUGAUCUCCACCGAUGUUAUUUAGCGAUAUAUGAUUGCCAUUACGUUGUUAUAUUCAGAAGUGAUUUCUUUUGUUGCACAACAAUCAGUUGCUUCCAUCAUAGAGUUAUUUUGAUUAUAUUAUUUGGUUAUUAAAUCGUGAUUAUUCGGCAAAUCGACAUGCGGAAAUUUAUUUUAUUAUAUCGAGUGAAAUUGUUAAAAAUAUAUUCACACCACCUCGUACCGAAGGCGUUUCGUAUUUGGUCUGUGCCAUGUAUUUAAUAAUAAAUAGUGAUCAUAAAUAAAUAUUUAACACGGCGGUCUGUGGUCGUCGGGCACUCUCUUCCUAAACUAAAUUACCUGUUUGGUACUUGGUGUUGAGUUUUUUAUUUUGAUUGUACAUUUUUGAUCAAUUUUAGUUAUUAUUAAUUUGUUCCAAAUCGAAAGUUCCAAAUCAAAAAUCAGUGUUACCAUUCUUUAAAUUGUUACCUUUUGUAAUUUUUGUUAAAUCGUCAUUUUCUUGCACUUCUGAUUGUUAUCUUUCAAUUAUCGAAAGUGUAACUGUUUUGUCUUUCAAUUGAAAGUUUGUACAAUAGUAGCAUUACUCUGUAAAAUAAAAUAUUACUUUUACUUCUUAAUUUAUACAAACUGUAAAUAGACCUAAGAUAUCAUGAGGAUUAUCAAAAAAGAACGAAUGAUAGAGGGAAUAAAUAAUUAAGAAACAUAA